UCAAAACAAAGAGGUGAAGCGGGAGGCGUGUGCGGCGCGCGGUGCUGGGACCUCCUGGGAUUGGUCCCUCGGGCCCGGGCGCUUCGGUACGGUUGGGCGUGGAUGGAGGGGAGCCCGGGGAGCGGUGGGCGCUCGUAGUCCGACGACCCCAGGGCGCCCCCGAAGAUCAUGCCGGCCAUGGAGGAUCUGCAGAGCCGCUUGCAGGAGACCCUGGACGUGCUGUCCCCGCAGGAGCUGCGCAACUUCCGCGUCAUCCUCAAGACGGUGGACGAGAUGCCGCGCCUGAGUCCGCUGCAGCUGGAGCUGGAGGGCGGCAGCACAUCGGGGCUGGCGCGUCUCCUCGCCAAGCACUACUACCUGCCGGCCGCGCCGCGCGUCGUCACCAAGGUGCUGCAGCAGCUGCGCCGCGCCGACCUGCUGCAGCGCUGGCAGAGCGACCCCGCCGCCGACAGCCAGGUAAUCCCAAGAAAAAUUCUAAAGAGAAGCCGUGACUUUGUGGAUGGUGAUGAAUUGGACCGUUAUGACCUGAGCGGCAGGCGGAAGGCUUUCCUCAUGUGUGUGAAGAAGAACAGGCCAGGGGCUGACCAGGACGUCAAGCUAAUGAAGGACUGGCUUGGCCAGUGCCACUUUGAAUAUACAUUGUGCAUCGAUCCUGACAAAGAGGAGUUACUUGAAAAACUAACAUCAUUUCGUGAUGGAUUAAAUGGAAUUAAAAAUGAAAUUGGCUGCUGUCUUAUUACUCUUAUGUCCCACGGAGAAAAUGGCUUUAUUAAAAUGGAAGAUGGUGACAGAGUCAGCCUGGAAAAUGUUUUUGAAAUGUUUAACAAUAAAAAUUGUCCAGCACUUCACGAGAAACCAAAGAUCUUUAUAAUCCAGGCAUGCAGAGGAGAGAGAAGAGAUAAUGGUGUUGAAACAGAUGAUGAACCCAUGGACUCAGAUGACGUAUCAGAGAAGAAGAGGCUGCCCACAUUCAGUGAUUAUUUCAUCAUCUACCCCACCCAGGCAGAUCAUGUUGCUUUACGGCACCCCCGCACUGGCUCUGUGAUGAUCGAAGCAAUGACCAACGUCUUUAAACAAUAUGGAAAUAGGUGGCACAUCGCUGACUUUUUCACCAAAGUGAAUAACAGAGUGGUGCACACUGAAUUUCAUCUACAGGAGGAACCAAUAAAAGUAUCACUUGUAAUGGAAUCCACUCUAACUAAAUUUGUGUACUUUUGACAUCAGGAAGACCAAAAACAAGGGCUGCUUUGUAAUAGGCUUUGUAAAGAACUGUGAGGCUUUGUAGCAUAGUAUUAAUGGUUAUCAUUUUGCAUUAUUUCUGUCACUAGUGGUAUUUCUCCAGUUUGUUUUGUAUAUAUAUGUUGUUUUUCUAAGAUUUAACUCUGCUUAUUUGGAACUUGUAAAUAAUUUGACUUUUUUAAAAGAUCACUGUUAACUGAAAUUUUUUUUCCUGAACUGUUAUCAAACAAUUAGCAUACAGAAGUCUAGCUCUAUGUAUAUACUGUUUUUAUCAUGUGCCUCUCUUACUGAUUAUCACCCACCCCUCGCCCCACCCUCUCCACUCUAAAUUUGGUGCUGGUGUUCAGCCUCAUUUUCUUGGCUUAGUAUUCAAGAACUGUCUUUAUGUGGUCUUGUCUUUUGGUUCCCCUUAUUUCCCCCAUAUCGUUGUCUGUAGCCAGACCGAUCUCCUUUUUCACUGUGUAAGCCAUCCUCAAGUCUUCUCUGGGUGUUCUUCGCUUGUACUUUAUGCCCUUGACGCAUUCGCAUUUUCACCCCUACCCAUUCCCCAGCUUCUUCCUUGCUGUCUCCGUCCCUUUGAACUGCUGGUUUCUCUGCCUGGAACACUCUGUUCUACCCCAUGUAGUUAAGUUCCUUUCCAUCCUUCAGAGUUUGGUUCAAGCAUCAUUUGCACAGGAAAGCUUUCUGCAGCCCCUCGUGCUAGGUCAGCUCUUUCUAAGUACUCAGAGACCCUAUGGUUUCCUUCUGUAGCAUUUAGCACUACUGUACUUAAAUGACUGUGUAGUGUCUGUUUAUUCUCUCUCCAGUUCAGUUGUAAGCUCCAAGAGGCAUCGGGCAUGUGUCUUGUUCAUUUCUGUAUCCCAGCUUCCACCUGUGCCUUAAGACAUAGAAAAGUCCUGCGAUAAAUGUUUAGUGAAUGACUGAUCCCUCUGUCUUCGCAUUAUUUUAUCCAUUCCUCAAACCUGGCCUCAUUAUUUCUGUGCAUAUCUAGCCACCUGUUGGUCAUCCCUACCUACGUGGCUGCCCCAUGGCCACUUUAACUGAACAAGUUGGAAGUUAACCUGCUCCCCUAAACUCUUCAUAAAACCCAUCCCAAUGUUAAUGUUAAUAGUCCCACUGCCUGCAGAAUAUACUCCGGAUUCCCUAAGGAGAAUAUUCCAAGUCCUUCUCUGUCAGGCCUUAACUUAUAGCACCUAUGUACUGUUUGCCCCGAGUCUUGGCUGUACUUGAUGAUUUGCCCUUCAGUAAUCCCCUCUCAGAGUCGGGCUUGUAGAGUAAUGAAUGCUGACCGAAUACUCUCGUAUAUGUUAUAUCAUAGUUCACUCUCUCCUUUCUGCCUGAAAUGCUCUGUGUACUCACUGUAUGUUUCCUCUAUGCCUUGCAUUCUUCAGGGUGCAACUUGGGUCCCAUCUCACUAUAAAGAAAACCUGUAUGUAGACAGUGUUUUUAGAGGAACAAACUGUGGUCUGAGCAUGAGUUUUAAUUGUAAUUACGUUGUAAUUUUCUAUGUAACUUUGCACCAUAUUUGGACCUCGGUUCCCCCAUUUGUGUAAAAGGAGAUUUGGCCCAGCCAACUCUGAGAAUUCAUCCCAUUGGACUUCAGUGAACUUUGACUUCUUAGUGAACUUGCUCAUGAACAUCCAGCAGAUGCAGCUGUUUCUGAACUCAGUGGUUCAAGCUGGCGGCUGCAUAAGACUAUUCGGCCUGUGCGAAGAUGCAGGUGUUUGGUGAGAAUGCUCUGAAGAUUGAGGGCCAAAUUGACUGAAACAACCCGGAAUCUCCAGGCCUGUCUCCAUUUCAGGAACAAUUGUGUCCUUUUUAGUUAAUGGGAUUUAAUUUUUAAACCUUUGAGUUCUUAUAUUUGAUAUGUAGCUUUUUUUUUAUAGAGCAUUAUAAUGUCUCCUUGGUUUAUAAAAUAUGAACAUCAGUAA